AGAAAAUUCUCAACGUGCCGCAAACGAGCCUGGAGGAAGGACCUGCCUCCCACCUCCGUCAUUAUCACCUACCACAACGAAGCGCGCUCCACCCUGCUGCGAACCGUCGUCAGCGUGCUGAACCGCAGUCCAGAACAUCUCAUCAAGGAGAUCAUCUUGGUGGACGACUACAGUGAUCAUCCUUCCGACGGUCAGGAGCUCGCAAAGAUUCAGAAGGUUCGAGUGCUGCGCAAUGAGAAGCGAGAAGGUGAGGCUGAUGCGGUGCGGUUGCGGGCGCAGACCCGCACGGCCCCUGCUCACCUUCCUGGACAGCACGCGAGUGCAAGUGGCUGGCUGGAGCCACGCUGGGAGCGCGUCGCCGAGGACAAGACCCGCGUGGUGUGCCCGGUGAUUGACGUGAUCAGCAUGGACACGUUCGAGUACAUCGGCGCCUCCACGGACCUGCGAGGAGGCUUCGACUGGAACUUGGUGUUCAAGUGGGAAUACCUCAGCCCGGAAGAGCGCGUCCAGCGCAAGAAAGAUCCAACGGCGCCGAUCAGGACGCCUAUGAUCGCCGGCGGACUUUUUGUCAUCGACAAGGCGUACUUCGAGCUGCUCGGCAAAUACGACAUGCAGAUGGACGUGUGGGGCGGGGAGAACUUGGAGAUCUCGUUCCGCGUGUGGCAGUGCGGCGGCAGCCUGGAAAUCAUCCCGUGCAGCCGCGUGGGUCACGUGUUCCGCAAGCGCCACCCCUACACCUUCCCGGGCGGCAGCGGCAUCGUCUUCGCGCGCAACACGCGCCGCGCCGCCGAGAUAACUGUUGCAACGGCGGAUCUAGACAUCCUAUUCAGUGAUAUCGAUCGUUUAGCUCUGAAGGAGAAGCUGCACUGUAAGCCCUUCAAAUGGUAUCUGGACACAGUCUACCCACAACUGAAACUGCCAGGGUUGGGGCCGUCAUCUACAAGUUAUGUACAGCAAAAUGGAUUAUGUAUAGAUACUUUAGGACACCUCCUUGAUUCUGGUGUGGGAUUAUAUGCAUGUCAUCAUACUGGUGGAAAUCAGGAAUGGACAUUAAAUGAGGAUGGCCUGUUGAAACAUCAUGAUGUUUGCCUUACACUUGCUGAUUAUCGUAAAGGAGCUCCUCUACUUAUGAAAAUGUGCGAGAAUUUGGACACUCAGAAAUGGCAUCAAGUGGAAGCAGGAGGACUUAUAAAACAUAGUCGACUUAGUCUAUGCAUUGAUUCAAAGGAUCAUAAAACUUUCGGAUUGAGAGUUGAUCGCUGUGAUUCCCGGUCACCCACCCAGAAAUGGCGAGCCACAGUGAAGAAAUUGUGAUAACCAGGCACACAAUACAGCACUUUCAACAGAAGCACAGUGAGUGGAAGCACAACAAACAAGAGCACAAACUAUUGGGUUUUGGUCAGUGGAAAAUAGUCCCCCAAAUGGUGACAUUGAGACUACUGACAACCCAGAUUCCCUGCUCACAAUACUCAGUUCCUCCAGUAGUCCAAAAUAAAGUCAAGAUCAAUUUAAAAUUAGAGAGAUUUAGACAUUCAAAGAGGAAAACAAUUUUGGGAAAUUUUUAAGUAAAUUCUGUCACUGAUGCUUAGUAUAUUACACUAUUACAUCUUAGUGACAGCAUAAAGUGAGACUAUUGUAGUAUCUGAUUUGAUACGGGUUCUAAGGAAUGGAAGGUAUCUCACACUAGGAGACACGUAUUUUAAAAAGGAUGUACUGUGAAAAUUAACAUAAUUCUCUCUAUUGUACUUGAUUUAUGUUGAAUCCAAGUCAUCAUUUUAUGGACCAAGAUCUGAUACAAAAAAAUUUUACUGUGCUUCUUAUCAAAUUUUAGGUGGAGGCACAAAGACAUAUUGUCUACAAGUGGCACUAAAAUAAAAUGAAAUUUAAAGAAAAUCGGCUAUUGAAUUUCUGGUUUUGAACAAUAUUGCUACUUAGAAUUAAAAUUUACUAUUCUGCAUUUAAUUCAAUACAAUAGGAUCUUUCAUAAUUCACCAAUAUUUGAAAAUGUACAAGAGGAAUGCAUUCCUUUCCACCUUGUGCAGUAUUAAUGAAACACAUGGAACAUUUUGUACAGUGUGGUUGAGUAACUGUAUGACUGAAAGUUUGUUUACAUAUGUAUAUAUUUAUACACAUAUAUGAUUCUGUGUAAGUACAUGUCUCUUUGGAGAUUGUAAGUCAGUAUAGGAGUGAGAAAAUUGAUAAUCCUCUUCACAAGUACUGUAUAUUCUUUGAAACUGUGAAUAUGAUUAUAAUAAGAUAAUGCAUUUGAUUACGGAGGUAUUCCAUAGUCCUCUGGCAAUUAUAAUUAGAAAAAUAGAAUUGUUUAAAUCUACUAACAUUAUCUGAAGUAGGAAAUUCUUUAAGAGCUGUGGAGAAAUGUUGUAUAUGUGUAAAUGGAUUAAAUGAAAUAUGAAAGUUACCACAAGAAUUGUACAGAACCUGAGUGAUAUCUUUGGCCCAUUGUAAACUUGUGUGUUGCCUUGUGCAUGGGGCCCAAAAAUUACAUAAAUAUUUGUGAAAAAUCUGUCCAUUGUUAUCAUUGAAUGUAAUUUUAGCACUAUGUGCUAAAUUGGAAUCUCUUCUUAGAGGCUUUAUCAGAAAAAUGACAUGAGAUUGCAUCUUAUUUGACACUGACUGUGACAUUUGGAUGUGAUGCUGACAAAUUUCAGUUGUAAACAUAAAAUAACAAGAUGUCAAUGGAGGGUUGUGCUUUUACGAUCCAGUGACUACUUUAUUUAAACUAUUGAUGACUGAACUGAAAAAAUGUUGAUUUGAACCUGUUUUUUUUUCUUUUGUACUGACAAUUCUACCAUUAUUUGUGCAUUGUAGAUGAACUGAAUGUUUAUAUAUGUGCAUAGUACAUCUCUGAGGAUCAACAUGUGAUUAUGCUGAUUUCAAAAACAAAAACAACAAAAAACAAUCCAUUACAGAAUUGUUCCUCCAGAUUUACUUAAAGCUUUUAAAUUGCUUCUUGUUGUUCCCUUCAUUACAUUGUUAUUUACAUGUUGAAAAUUUAUGAAAAAACUCAAGUUGUCACAUAAUGCACAAGUCCCAUGAUGUGAAUAUUUUUGAAAAAGCUUUUCAAUUAUACAGCAGAAGCGGUUUGUAUAUUUGUUUAGUGUUACCUACAUAGUACUUACUUGUAUUCAUAGGCACUGUUCAUGCAUUCAUGAAAGAUUAAUUUAAUUUUUUGAUGUGUAUCAACGAAUAUCAGUGAAAUGUUUAUAAAAACCCUUGUGAUAUUAAAAUACUCUUUAUUAAUUAAAUUACACUUAUUUUGUUUUAUUUUCAUGGCAGCUGCAUAAUAUGCAGUUUAUUAAUUGAUUUAAGUACAAACCUUUUUACAAAAUUAGAGUGUUACAUUAAAAUUACAUUUUUGUAUUGUCUUGUAGCAUUAUUUUAACUAUUUUUGUAAUAAUGCCUAUGGUGUUAUAAACUUUUCUGUUUUAAUCUAUAUAUUUCUUUGAGAAAUUGUAAAAUUGUAGUUUGCAUGUACCUUUAUUUGUUAUUUCAGUCUCUGUUUAUUUCAUUUUGAACAUAUAUUUAGAAGUUUAUAAUUGCAAUAGAUUGGUCACAGUACUUUCACUAAAAUGCAUCAAUCUGGUUAGUUUGUAUUAAUGUGUCUCGAGUAUAUUUGUCAUUUUAUAACUAAAAUUUAUUUUUUAAGUGAGACAUUGAAGAUCUCUUGAAUGAAUGCUUCUUUAGCUACUCUUUGUGAGUCAGUAAAAAUAAAUCAUGCCAGGUCUAUUAGGUUUUUAACUCUCAUGGACUCUGACAUAAUACUCUCAAUUACAAAGUAAAAAAACUGGAAUGGAAAUAGCUUCACUGAACAACUAUUCAUACAAAAAUGCACAAACCAUAUGUACUUAUUCAGCCAGAAGCUGAAGUUAAGAUAUUGUUGUGAAUCUAUAUUAUAUUGUGGAAUUGCUGUACAUGGAGUGUUGACUUUAACCUUUUCUUGCAAAGGUUGUGCUCUCUCAGCAAUUGUUUCACUGUUAUUAUUUGUUUGUGGAAUUAUCUCAUUUUAUCAGGCAUUCAUAUCCACAAUAAACCAUUAGAAAAAUGCAUGGAUAGGCUCCUAGUCCUUGCUGUACAUUUUGGGGAAAAAUAUUGUGUAUAUCCUUCCUUAUCUGUCCUGUUAUUUCUUGGUGGGUGUUUUAUGUGCACCAAAUGCUCCUGUUAACUAUUUUCUGUUUAGGGAGCAACAAUGGGUGUUUUGUGUUGACUUUUCCUACAUGUAUCAGUUCAGUGUGUUAUUGGUAUUACUAAACUUACAUUGUUCUUGUAUAUCAUAAUCAUUGAAAUGUACAGUACUCUUAAAGAUAUAUGUAGGCAUUCUCAGUUGUGAAAGCCAUAGUUCUCACUUUUGUAAAUGUCAGUGUCCAAAUGACAAAGGGUGUGUGUAUGGCUGCAAGAAUGCACAUGGUUCUUCAAUUUGAAGUGUUUGUACAUUUGAUUGUCUUUAUGACAUGUAACUCAAAUUUUAUUUAUAUUGUAAGCUGUAAAUACCAAACUGUGAAGCAAGAAAAAAAUUGGGUAGAAUGGUUUUUAUAAUAAAGAGAGAUGUAAGCUUUCACAUGUGUUACACUCCUCAAAAGUAAUUUAUGUGCAGUGGUGUGUACAUUCUUUGCUCAGUUGAUAACUGGGAUCCAUUAAAACAUUCUAUCCCUUCAAGAAACAUUGAGAGUAGAGAAUGACGCAUUAACAUUUGUGACUUAUGAACCAAGGAGACUGUAAGGAGGAGGAGUCUGGGGGACAGGAAGGAAGUUUGAGAUACCAUACAAUUUCUAUUGACAAUAGGAUAUCAUACUUGCACUGAUCACUGAGCAAGCAAGGUGGUAUAUUACUUCUGAAAUAAGAUUUGAUGAACACAAUGAUAAAAUUGGGCAAGACUGUGCUUUGCAAGUACAAUGAAAAUAUAUUAAACAAUCAACUCUUCUGGAGUAGGUUCAAUUUUUUUAACCAAUUGCUGUACCUUCCCCCAAAUGUGUACUCUUUACAGUCUCAAAGAUAUGAACCUGUUGACUGUGAGGUACUUAUCGUGUAGUCAAAUGGGUAAGUGGGCUAUAUAUACAUAUAUUUAUAUAGGUGUUGUGUGUUAUUCACACCUCCUGUCUUUUGUGAGUCCUCUUUCUGUAGGACAUGCUACUCAGCCUAAAAAAAUUAUUUUCUAAUUUAAAUCAAAACAUCACAUACUUUUUCUAAAUUAUAAAUUCCCAUAAUAAUUUUUCACACAAAAGGCUGUAUGAAUCUCAACCAAAUGAUCUCAAUGCUUUUGAUUACAUAUUUUUGUUGCUCUUUUUUUUUAAGGAAACUAUAAAUUUCUGCACUAAAAAUCACUGAGAAGGCUUCCAUAUUUGCCUGGUGGUAAAAGAUUUGUUUCAAAAUUAAUUUAAAAUCAUUAAUAAGCAUUGCUCUGAAUUUUUUUUUUUUUAACAUUUAUGAAAAAAAAGACCAUUAGUUUCACAAAUUAUUGCA